AUGUCCGGAGAAGAAAACAUUCCUGAUUUGGAAGAGGAAAUCCUCCUCCCCUACUCCCAUAUAAUUCAAGUGAAGAGCAAAGGAAUAAGGAACCGAAUAGCUGAGGCCUUUAACCAUUGGCUAAAGAUUCCUAAUGAGAAGAUGAAAGAGAUUAUUGAUAUUAUGACAAUGUGCCAUAAUGGUACACUUAUUUUAGACGACAUACAAGAUGCCAUAGAUGUUAGGCGUGGAAUUCCCGCUGCCCACUGCGUGUAUGGAGUUCCCAUGGCUUCCAAUUCUGCCAUUCAUAUCAUUGUCCUGGCUAUGGAAAGGUGCUCUAAAUUUGGUCUAGAGGCACUGAAAGUGUUUAAUGAAGAAGCACUCGAUAUAGUGCGGGGUCAAGGUAAAGAAAUAUAUUGGAGAGACAUGUUUGUCUGCCCCACAGAAGCUGAGUAUAGGAGGAUGACAGAACAAAAAACGGGAGGAAUGCUGAACAUAGCCGUGGCUGAUGCAGAGCUUCAGUGA